GCAACUUCUGGAUGGCGGGGCUGGCGUCGCCUGCUCGCGUGGGACACAUCAUCUGCAGGUACGUCAACCAGAUCAUCUACGAGUGCGAGGCGGAGCAUUAUCCAUUCGGCAUCGAGGAGGCGCUGGAGGAGAUGUGUACGGCGGUGUGGGAGGCGGCGGUGCAGAUUGCGCCGUACCUGACCAAGUACAGGGACGAGUUCUUGUCUGCCUGGGGGCGCCAGGCGAUGUACGGCGACACGGCAACUAACCUCGUGAGCAUGACCAAGAACUGCGCGGUGUCGUUGCACUUCGACACGACGGACGGGCCGUACAGCAUCAUGCUGUGGCGCCACAACGGUGCCGGCAGCCUGGACGGCGGGCAUUUCUUGAUGCCUGGCGCCUCCAUCAAGGUGCUGCCGACCGACAUGACGAUCGUGGUGCUGGCUGCUGGCAUGGUCACGCAUGGGACGGCGCCCGUGCUGGAGUCCACUGGCGAAGCGCGGCGGUACGGCUACUCGCAUUUCCUGCGUGUGCCGGCCAUGGAGCGUGUGGCGCGGCUGAUCAAGGCAUCUGGCGGAAAGAAGAAGAUGGAGGAGCUGCAGGUGCAGGGCAUGAAGCGCGUGUUGGCUGCACGUACAGCGGCGGAUCGGAAGGCGCGGCGGGAUGAAAUCCAGAAGCAGCGGGACGAGCUCCUGAAGAGCGCGCUGGACGGCGAGGCGCUGCCAGAGGGCGAGCAUUUAGCGUUUGCUGUGCGAGGGUUGAAGUGGCACCGGGACAUUGUGAAGUGCCUGGUAUGGCAGGACUUCAAGGGCAAGUCCUGAGACCUCUAGCAGGAGGAGCGGGUGGGUAGUAGUGGUUCGUGUAGAGGCGUGUUGGGCUGUGUAGGUGAGAGCUCAUGGGAGUACACAACGCAGAUAGAGCAAGAACAGCGGGAGUUUCUUAGGCAGCGCCAACAGGUGCGAACGCUGCUGGGGAGUUGGUGUGUUGCAGUGGGAGUUGGGCCAUGCACGUGAGACAGCGAGUGGCUGUACAGGUGUUCGCAUUUGCAGGUUAAAAGAACUGUGCCAUUCGUGUCAAGCAAGUGCAUGGAGUGGGUGGGUGAUGAACUGGAUUGUGGGGUAGAGCUGUGGGCGGGGGCAUGCGUUGGGGAAUCGGUUUUUCUGUGAGGGCGUGUGGGUGCGCUAAGGGCAAGGUAACAAGACAGCGUGGCUGUAGUCAGUUAGCAGUGUAGGGUUGCGGUUGGGGCCGGGCUGCAGCGGAAGUAGAAGUAGGGAUAGCUGCUUAUUGUGGCAAAGAUGCGCGGGAUGUCGUGCUGGCGAAAGCUUGCAAAGGUAGUGGGGUGCUGGAUGAGGCGCAUGAGGCGCAGUGGUGCAUUGGCUGCGGUGCUGGAAUGGACAGGAGGCAGCGAGGGCAAUGACAUGAGAUGAGCGGUUGUAUACAAUGAAGGUGUGCAGAAGUCGCAACGUUGGCAAUGUGCAACAUCAAUGUGUUUGUCGUGGUAUCAUAAGCAGAACUGCGCCAGACUGUGAGCACUGAGACUAGGAAAUGU